AAAAAUUAUUCUUCGAUAGUAACUACCAAGAACUGCAAUAUCAUGUGGCGCUACUCGAGUCUUCAUUUUUCUUGCGAGAUGCUACUGUGCGACUCGAUGAAAGAAAAUAAAGUUAGAAGUACUAGUUUAUUCUCGUUCAAUAUCAGCUUAUUUUUUCACACAAGCUUAUCAACUCACUUUUUCACACAAGCUGCAAUGAGCAGUUGAUAUAAUGAUUUUUAGUGACUAAUUCUUGUGCUCGGAGCACAUGCACACGGUGGACGCGGACGACGACCCUAAAUGCGAGCACGUCCGAUCCCGACAUACUCUGACAGUAGAGAUUCUCUGUCUAGAGAGAAAGCUUUCUCUGUACUGAGAUAUCGCUAGACAGGCAGGUCGGAUUCAGGUUCCGACGUCGGCGAAAUCAUGCAGGGAUGAAGAAAAAACGAGGAGCCAUGAUGAAGAACCGGCGCGUGUGCGCCUUCAUCGCUCAAGCCGCGGUCAUCGCUCAGAGAGACGGCAUAAACGAUCACUUGCGGAAUGCUCUCACGAGAUUGGCCUUUGAUCCGUCAGUACCAGACUUUGCAGCAGGCAGCGAAGUCGAUUACAAAGGAGAUGAGGAAUACAUGUAUGACGACAACGAGGAGCAACCACAGAACAAAUAACAAUUUAAAUUAGAUUUCUUUCAUCUCAAAUGUGAAAUAUUUUUUUCGACUAUCCAAGGUACUAGGUUAACAAGCUUAUAAUAAAUUAGAUUUCUUUUGGUUUUUUAGAAGCCAUCUUCUAGCCACUUCUAGUGGAGGAACUUUUGAUAAAUGGAUUGAAAAAUUCUGAUGUUCAUUUAGAUUGCGUCGGUCGAUAACGAUAUCUUAUGACUUUUUUGUUCUUAUCAGUCUCUGCGUUAGAGAUUUUUUUGUUCGACUCACCGAAGAAAUUAAACUGAAAAUAUCAUGAUCGACAUGUAUUCUAAAGAAAUUUGUGCUGUUUAACGAACAGCAACACAUAAUACUGUCAACAUCAACAAAUUUUUCAAAAGACCAUGCUUUUCUGAACCUUGUGUACUUACAUCAAAAAAAGUCAGCUCCUUUCAGUCUCUGCGGGUCUGCAUGUGGACGUUCCGGCAAUUGGCAGAGGUCUGCUCGCAUGAAGGCGAGUGCGAGAUCGGAUCGAUCAUGGCGCAUACACUGCAGGACGAUCUCCGAAAAUUUUACAGGCACGGUCCGUACGAAUCACUCCUGUCGGAGGAUGAUGCGCAGAAACUGCAACAGGAGUCGAGCAGAUGCACAAACUGCGACAGGAAUCGAAGCUGCAGUAAAGAGGGUCGAAGACCGGACUCGGACUCGGAUGAUACAACAAGCUUGGCUCUGUCAGUAGAUGAAUCGGUGGACGGUCGUGCGAGUGAUAGCGGUCUAGCGACAAAAACCGGGGAUGAUCCGACUGAGAUCGAGCAAGAAGACAGUCGAGACGGUAUCGACGUGUCAGCACUCGACGUCACCAGCACCACUGGAUGUAGGAGUUCUGCGACCGAUGAAGAGGCAACAGCAGAUAAUAGCUCCACCGAAAGCCGAAGCACGAUUCUCUCGUCGGCUACCCCAUCUACUGCCGAAACGACCAGACAAGGGGAAAUGAUGCCUGCAGGUGCAGCGCCGGCGCAUUUUUAUCGAGGAGGGCGGUGGACAGCAGGGCGCAAUCGUCUGACGGUUCCACCAGUAGCGCCAAUUGAAUCCUGCGCAUGGAUCAUUCUGGGCACGGAUAGACGACAGCGGGAAUCCGAGGAAGACAGUUGUCCCGGCUUGACAAUCACGUGCUUGCUGCUCAUGCUAAGGCACCAUUUUUUUUUAUCAUAUUUUGAUUGUUCUUACGCGUAGGUACUCUUUUAAAGAAGUUUACUUACUUGAUGAUAUAAUUACAGGGUGGCAACCUACAUUUCGAUGCUGGUAGUUGUUUAUUUCUUGAUGCAGCAAAAACAAAACAAAUUCUUGUAGAUUACGGAUCCUUGAUUUACGUGAUUGCCUCGGCUAAAAUGACAAUGGAUCAGUAACUUUUCUCGAUUUUCUUACACAGGCUGUGUCUCUUCUUCUUAACUGUUUUUGAAAAUGAUAAAGGAGGACUACUAAAAACCUUCGGAAGAAGUAUAUCUCCAGGUCGUCAACAUGUGCAUGACGAGAUCGGAGAUUAUGUCUGCUGCCUCUAAGGUAGGCCGAAGUCUUUGUGCUGAAUAGUCCAGACCAUUUCUCGGUGAUGUUCGCGAGCGAAGCCGAAGAUAAUCUGCAUCGACUGCGUGCUGAGAAGACAGCGGAGGAAUACGCCGCCAUCCACGUCAUGUGGCCGAUUUCGAAAGCCUUCACGCAAUACGGACUUGAGUACGCGCACACUCGAAAUGUCCAGUACUCGGUCUACACCCGGCGGAAUAGGAGUCUGCUGCCGCAGAUAUCAAAAAUAGAAGAUGCUGCACCGAUCGACCCGUCGAUGCCGACGUCAAAAGUAGAUCUCGUCUCGAAUGAUCUAUCUAGUUCGGACGGAGCCGAUGGCGAGAUCGACGGUGUGAAAGCAGAAUCGACUGAUGCGGACCAUGCGACUGGAACGCAGUCGACGGAGGAUGCUAUCGAACAACAUCAGGAGGAUGCUAUCGGACAACAUCAGGAUGACUAUGGGGGUCAGUUGCGGUUGGAUGUGGUCGUGGCACGAUGUGAUGCUCCCAUGAUGUGGCUUUGGGAGUUUGCUUUUCCACCACGAACACGGAUGUUCGUGUACGAGAAAUGCAGACAUUAAGGCCGUUGUACACGUGAUUAGAUUAGUCGAAGUUGUAGACCUAGACUUACAGGAUUUGUAUCACAGAAGUUGUACUCGUCUGCAGGUGAAUGCAAAAAUCUGAAAUCAAGAAGAAGAACAAGAUAUGAAAUAAAGGAUAGGUCGUGCCCACUCUAGCUCUACAACAACUAAAUAUGGUCUCCUUUGAUUUGGUUACUUUCUAUCUUUUGAGACAAGAACUUGAAGAAGAAAGAACUACCCUCUUCCUUGGAAACGCUGAAAAUGAAUACGGAAGGAUAGGAUCUUUCUAACUUGUUUAUGAGCAGUAAGCACUAGCAUUAAGAGUACUUGACUAAAAGACUUAACAUGUUGAGUAACUGACUAAAAGAGUUCUGUUUCAUAGGGACCGAGGAACUAGUCUGCAAAUGUUGCAGGAUCAGCUGGAAGGCUUAGAGGACCACGUAGAGGUCUUCGUCCGCGACCUACCGGAACGUAAUCUUAAGGCACCCGCUGACGCAUGUCCUUAACAUCAUAGUUCUUGGAUCUUCUUUUUCUACUUGAAAAAGACGCCAAGGAUGCUCUCGACAAGGAUGCUCUCAACAAGGUACCUCUAAUAAUCCCAGCUUUAUGAGUGGCGAAUGCACGGCGUAUCUCAGCUAUAUCUUGGAGAUCUUCUUCCAGAUCCAUCAUUUUCAGAAAGACGAAGCCGUCGCUUCUUCGUCUGAUUCUUCAGCUUCGUCGGUUGAGACAAGAUUGCGCGACUACCAGGAGAAAAGAAGAACGAUAUUGAGUUCUCCGAGAACUUCAACAGAUGCCUCGUUGGAUGUGUCGGUAGAUUUGCCAGACUACGUCGCUUUCAUCCACGAUGAUGGUCCGAGACACCUGCGACCAGCGUUUUUCAAUGUCGUGCUUCAGAGUGUCGCAAAAGCGACCUACGAGGUUCCGUUUCUGCAUCUAACGCACGAACGGUACGCCGCGCUGGUGACUCCGUGUUUCGAACGCGUCUUUCAGUUGAUUUUUGGGGAGCCGCUUCUUGCGCCAGUCACCAGCUACUGUUGCUCGAACUUCGUCGUAUCCAGGGAACGAAUCCUGGCAAGAAGUCGCGAAUUCUACGAAAACCUUGCAGAUUUGAUCUUUCACGGUCGUUACACUCAACUGGCAGCGGAUAUCAGGAAGAAUCGCACCACGACGAUUGCUGUACAUGACAGCAUGAAGAACAAGGCGGGGGAAAAUAGGUACUUAAGUAAAAUUUCACCUCCUGUCCUUGUGCGUUCGGCAACUACAUCAACAUCCAGUGAUGUCAGCAAGUCCUACUUAAGGGUAGGCUAGAGGUGCUUUCGUUACCGUUUGUUAAUAUGGCUCUCCUAAGGGGGACGGCCAUAACAAACGGGAUAAACGAACACCAAAAAGAACCUAAAACCUACCUCUAAGUACUACAUCAGCACCCGCAUGAUCAAAAACACGAGCCACAUCAACACUCCCACAGCACCUGGACAGCGCAACAAGACGAGGCAUACGGGCACGAGGAUGAUUUGCCUGCGGAGUGGAGCAUCUGUAAUGUUGGAAAGAAGCCGUGCUACGUGAUGGAAUAUUUGUGGCACGUGGUCUUCGGAGAGGAUUUGGAGCUUGCCUACCGUGAGGAGGACGCCAGAUUGCCUUUGGCACUUAGAUUUAAGCCUUGUUUUGAUAUAUGCGAUAGAGUGUGCUAUCUUUUAUCUUGUUCUAGUAUGUUGUUGUGGAUAAAGAUCAUACGACGUGGCGCAACUACUAUCGCGGUAGAGUGAGAUUCUAAUUCUCUUUUUUGACCCUUUAUAAGCUUCGUACUAUCGCGGUAAAGUGUGCUCCCUAUGAUCGUACUAUCUCAUUCGUGCCAAGGCCGAGUGAGAUUAAUUCCUUUUCGACGUCCCUUUGUAAGCUUCUAAUUCUCUUUUUCUUAUGUUUCCCUAUUAAUUCCCAUUAUUGAUUGUCGAUCAGGUUGAUAAAACACUUUGUUUUUGGAUGAAAUUGAUGUUCUUGUCGCCACGUCGUCGAACACGUACACGAGAACUGUAAAUUAUAAGUAUGUACUUAUUUAUUUAGCCUAUUACUGCCUGUAAUUCUUGGCUCUUAUCUCCUGCUUACCAGUUAUUAAACUUUCCCAAGAAGACGAGGCAAUUAUCAUGUUACUAUCGCUCGAGGCUUCCUCUUCAAAUCUAUUGUAAUAUAUUGAUUUCCUUCUGGUACUGGUUCCUAAUACAAACGGGGGUGGCCGACAGACGCAACUGCCAUCCGCUCUGAAGCUGAGUCCUUAUACGAUGGCGAUUACGCCGAAGCGCUUUACGAACAAAUUAAGAAGGCUCACAGCGGAACAGCAGGAUUGAAGAAGGAGCAAUUUUUUGGAGGAACGAAGAUCAUCAGGUAGCUACAGCAAGGGGACUUCGACAUAUCGUAGAGGCAGUGGGCGUGGUACAAUGACAUGAAGGAUUACAACGGUCGGAUAAAACUGAGUUCGGAGCUGAUUGUUCCGAAAAAUGAGCACGAAGAUUUUGGUUGUGUAAUUCGAUUGUACAUCAACAGGAAGUUGCAUUAGUUAUAUAUAACGUAUGAUGAUGAUGGGUCUGUCUUUGAUGUUGUCACAUAUAAUGAUGAUGCGUCUUCGAAGCACCAAUUGAUAGACGCUGCAGCAUGACUGUCGCGAAAAAUUUAGAGAUGUUGAUGCUGCUGGAUUUCUGGGUUUUUUUCCGGAACACCCGCCUGAGUGCUCGAGAUCGGGGUCCGGUUUGAUAAGGACAAGGACGUCCUCAGCGCCAAGGAUCUGGGCUCAUUCUGAUAGAUAGAUAAGUAGCAGCCUUUUCUCGAAAAGUGCUGGCGAUGAGGAGUUGUUUUCAUGUGUGAGUUAUUAUGAAGUUGAUUCUGAUCAUGAUUUUCAUUUUUUGCGGUAUCUGGAAUUGAUAUGGGAAAAAUGAAAACGCUGGCAGGAAAAUGUCAGUGAAACGAAGCCACC